AUGUGUGUACAGCAUUGUAGUGGUGAUGAGUCGUGGAUUUACUGUUAUGAAUCAGAAAAUAAACGACAGUCGGCUGUUUGGGUGUUACAAGCAAAGAACGUUACUGCGGAUUGGUAUACCACCAUUUGUUUGCCAAAAACCAAUGCAAGCUCGCAUACAGCCCAAAAGACAAGGCAGUAUUUAACGGAAGAAAAACCGCAUGCAGAUGGUAUUAAUCUUCGUGGAGAAUACUUCGAAAAACAAUAA